CCCCGCUCCCUCACGUCCGUCCCCGUGGCCCGGUGCCCCGCAGCCGCCCACCCAGGGCCCAAGCUAGAUCUCCUUUAGAGUCCGAGGUCCAUCUUCGGAUCCCACUCCCGGGGAUGGGCUGUUGCGGGCUCCAGCGGAGAAAGGGACUCUUUGGGAAGAAAAGCGGAGGCAGACGAUGAAGGGCAGGCGAUCUCAAGUCGGGGAUUUUCGCGCGCUUUGUCGCGGGGGGUUGUGGGUAGCUCGCCGGGAGGGAAAAGAAAACCCCGAAGCCGGUCGCGCCGCCCGUCGGGCCGGAGGGGAUGUUCGAGGACGAACCCCACGCCGAGGGGGCGGCGGCGGUCGCCGCGGCCAGGGAGGCGCUGCAGGCGCUGUGCCAGGAGCUGAACCUGGACGAGGGGAGCGCGUCCGAAGCCCUGGAUGACUUCACCGCCAUCCGCGGCAACUACAGCCUAGAGGGAGAAGUUAUACAUUGGCUGGCAUGCUCUUUAUAUGUCGCUUGCCGCAAGAGCAUCAUUCCUACAGUGGGGAAGGGUGUCAUGGAAGGAAACUGUGUCUCACUCACCAGGAUACUACGGUCAGCUAAGUUAAGCUUAAUACAGUUUUUUAGUAAAAUGAAGAAGUGGAUGGAUAUGUCAAACCUACCACAAGAAUUUCGUGAGCGGAUAGAAAGGCUAGAAAGAAAUUUUGAAGUAUCUACUGUAAUUUUUAAAAAAUUUGAGCCCAUCUUUUUAGAUAUCUUUCAAAAUCCAUAUGAAGAGCUACCAAAGUUGCCACGGAGCAGAAAGCAGAGGAGGAUUCCCUGCAGUGUUAAGGAUCUAUUUAAUUUCUGCUGGACACUCUUUGUUUACACCAAGGGUAAUUUUCGUAUGAUUGGUGAUGAUUUAGUAAACUCAUAUCAUUUACUUCUGUGCUGCUUGGACCUGAUUUUUGCCAAUGCUAUAAUGUGCCCAAAUAGACGAGACUUGUUAAAUCCAUCAUUUAAAGGUUUACCAUCUGAUUUCCACGCUCCGGACUUCAGAGCUGCAGAAGAACCUCCCUGUAUCAUCGCUGUACUUUGUGACCUGCAUGAUGGACUUCUGGUAGAAGCAAAAGGGAUAAAGGAGCAUUACUUUAAGCCAUAUAUUUCAAAACUCUUUGAUAAGAAGAUUUUAAAAGGUGAAUGUCUCUUGGAUCUUUCUAGUUUUACUGAUAAUAGCAAGGCAGUGAACAAGGAGUAUGAAGAGUUUGUUCUAACUGUUGGGGACUUUGAUGAGAGGAUCUUUUUGGGAGCAGAUGCAGAGGAGGAGAUUGGAACACCUCGAAAGUUCACUGCUGACACCCCAUUUGGGAAACUGACAUCACAGGCCAGUGUGGAAUGCAACCUUCAACAACACUUUGAAAAAAAUCGGUCAUUUGCACCUUCUACCCCACUUACUGGACGGCGGUAUUUACAAGAAAAAGAGGCAGUCACCACGCCUGUUGCUUCAGCUACUCAAAGUGUAAGCCGAUUACAGAGUAUUGUAGCUGGAUUAAAAAAUGCACCAAGUGAGCAACUUCUGAAUAUUUUUGAAUCUUGUAUGCGGAAUCCUAUGGGAAACAUUAUAAAAAUUGUGAAAGGAAUAGGGGAGACUUUCUGUCAACACUAUACCCAGUCCACAGAUAAACAGCCAGGAUCUCACAUAGACUUUGCUGUAAACAGACUAAAACUAGCAGAAAUUUUGUAUUAUAAAAUACUGGAGACUAUAAUGGUCCAGGAAACACGACGACUCCAUGGAAUGGACAUGUCAGUUCUUUUAGAGCAAGAUAUAUUUCAUAGAUCCUUGAUGGCUUGUUGUUUGGAAAUUGUGCUCUUUGCAUAUAGCUCACCCCGUACUUUCCCUUGGAUUAUUGAAGUUCUUGAUUUGCAGCCAUUUUAUUUUUAUAAGGUGAUUGAGGUGGUGAUCCGCUCAGAGGAGGGCCUCUCCAGAGACAUGGUGAAACACCUGAACAGCAUUGAAGAGCAGAUUUUGGAGAGUUUAGCUUGGACUAGUAAUUCUGCACUGUGGGAAGCUCUCCAUGCUGCUGCAAACAAAGUCCCUUCCUGUGAAGAAGUUAUAUUCCCAAAUAACUUUGAAAUAGGAAAUGGAGGAAAUGUGCAAGGCCAUCUUCCCAUGAUGCCAAUGUCUCCAAUAAUACAUCCACGAGUCAAGGAAGUUCGCACUGAUAGUGGGAGCCUUCGGAAGGAUAUGCAGCCAUUGUCUCCGAUUUCUGUCCAUGAGCGCUACAGCUCCCCCGCUGCAGGAAGCGCUAAGAGGAGACUAUUUGGAGAUGACCCACCAAAGGAGACACUGAUGGAUAAGAUUAUGGCAGAGGGAACAAAGCUCAAAAUUGCUCCUUCGAGUGUCACUGCUGAAAGCUUAUCAAUUUUACCAAAGGAGACACUGAUGGAUAAGAUUAUGGCAGAAGGAACAAAGCUCAAAAUUGCUCCUUCGAGUGUCACUGCUGAAAGCUUAUCAAUUUCCCCUGGGCAAGCUCUUCUGACAAUGGCUACAACCACAGUCACAGGGAUGACAGGACGAAAAGUUACAGUUCCUUUGCAUGGUAUUGCCAAUGAUGCUGGAGAAAUCACACUGGUUCCUAUUUCCAUGAACACAACUCAGGAGUCCACAGCUGAGAGCCCUGUAUCACUGACUACCCAAUCACUAAUUGGUGCUUCUCCAAAGCAGACCCAUCUGGCUAAAGCACAAGAUACUCAUCUGACUGGAAUAGGCAAACCAAAGCGGACUGGGUCCUUAGCAUUGUUUUAUAGAAAGGUCUAUCAUUUGGCAAGUGUGCGCUUACGUGAUUUAUGUUUAAAACUUGAUGUUUCAAAUGAGUUACGAAGGAAGAUCUGGACAUGUUUUGAAUUCACUUUAGUUCACUGCCCUGAUUUAAUGAAAGAUAGGCAUUUGGAUCAGCUCCUUCUGUGUGCCUUUUACAUCAUGGCAAAAGUAACAAAAGAAGAAAGAACUUUUCAAGAAAUAAUGAAAAGUUAUAGGAAUCAACCCCAAGCUAAUAGUCAUGUAUACAGGAGUGUUCUCUUAAAAAGUAUUCCAGGAGAAGUUGUGGCGUACAAUGGUGAUUAUGAAAUGACUGAUGGUGACAUAGAAGAUGCCACAAAAACUCCCAACUGUUCCAGUGAACCAGUGAAAGAGGAAAGAGGUGAUCUUAUCAAAUUCUACAAUACAAUAUAUGUAGGAAGAGUGAAGUCAUUCGCAUUGAAGUAUGAUUUGUCCAAUCAGGAUCAUAUAAUGGAUGCUCCACCCCUCUCUCCUUUCCCACAUAUUAAGCAGCAGCCGGGCUCCCCACGCCGAAUUUCCCAGCAGCAUUCCAUUUAUGUUUCUCCACACAAGAAUGGAUCAGGCCUCACCCCCAGGAGCGCACUGCUGUACAAGUUCAAUGGCAGCCCAUCUAAGAGUUUGAAAGAUAUCAACAACAUGAUACGGCAAGGUGAGCAGAAAACCACGAAGCGUGUGCUAGCCAUCGGUGGAGAUGCAGAGUCUCCUGCCAAGCGGCUCUGCCAAGAGAAUGAUGAUGUUUUACUUAAACGGCUGCAAGAUGUUGUCAGUGAAAGAGCAAAUCAUUAAUGUUACCUUUCGUCUGAUCAAAGCACUUUUAGAUUGUUCUGGAGAAAAUUGGGGGCUCCAUCCUUCACAUUUUUAUCACUGGGUUAUACAAAAACUUGCACCAAAAGUAAGCUUUUUAAAAGCAUUUAUUCACCCUGUAUAUUUGACAGACAUAUUUUGAGGUAGAUUAGAAAAGAAUGUUUUAAGUGCCUUCAUAAAUAGUAAUAUUUUUUUCUUUUUUCUUUUUUUUUUAGCGUUUGUUCCUAGGGUUUCUUUUUAGGUUGAACUAAGGAACUUCUUAAGCUGUCUUUUCAAAAUAAUCAAAUGUCUCCUGUGCUUUUUAAUAUUCAGUCAGUGAGUCUCUGAGAUACUUGUCCUGUCUGCUUGUGUUGAAGGUAGGGUUAGCUCCCACAGUAGGAGAGCUCACUGAUGGACCAGGCUGCCUUGGGCCUGCUAGUGCAACUGCCCCUUGGUUACCUGCAGUGUGUGGGACUGUCUGUGCCCGUCUUCUUCCUCUCAUUGAGUACAAGCAGCUUUGUACUUUUUAGCUUGAUGCCAAAACCCUGUAAAAGGGACACUCAUUUUUAAAACUACCAUUUUUGUGAUAUUACCUUAAUUAUUUUAUGUGAUUGUAUUCAGUCAUGUAGUUCUCAAAAUAAGAAACUGUUUCUUAAUCUAGGAGAAUAAAAUUCAGAUAAAUGAGAAAUUAAAUUUCCUAAGUAAAGUAGCAUUAUGAUAAUAUCAUUCAUUAAUUCAUUUGUGUUGGGCACAGUGGGUCAUGCCUAUAAUUCCAGUACGGAAGAUUGCUGGGAAUGUCAGGCCAGCAUGGCUACAUAGCAAUUAUUCAAUCUCAUUGUUCAUUUAAUUUCCUGAAAAUAUUUGAAGCUUUCACAUUAAAAUCACUUCAUUCCUUGUAAGCAAAAUGUUUCCACUUAAGAGCUGCUUUUCCUUUCUGUUUUGUAUCACCCUUUGUUUCGGUAAUUAGGUUUCUCCUGAGUUCCUCUGGGGGAACUCCUGGAUCCCCUUGAGAAUCUUUCCUCCCUGGAGGUUUAGCUUCUAAUGAAUCAGGUCGUUAUGUUCACCUUUUCUCCUUUGUGUUUAUCAUCGGAAAGGAUGUGAAUAAGCCGUUUAAAUUAAUUGUUAGAUGAUGUAUCAGUAUGAAUAUUUUUAGCUGCAAACCUUAUUUUUUAAAAUAUAAAGUGUUGGCUUGGCAGUCUAGCUCAGCAUGUCUAACAUAUCCAAUGCUAGCUAAUUUGAAUUAGUCUAAGAUUUGGCUGCCAAUUAAUGAUUAAUGGUAACCAAAGUUUUAUUUUUAAAUUUUAAAAAGAGGUUUGGGUUAUGUUUGCUUCUCUGAAAAUUGUAUUCUUGUGUUUUGUGUAGUAUCUACACAUGUGUAAUAAGCCAAAUAAUAGUCUGUCUUGAGUCCUUGUACAUAUUUCUGUGUAGCUAUAACUACUGUAUCACUUUCAUUAUUAAUGUACAAAAUAUAAAUGUAGAUCUAUUCAGUGACUAUGUUAAAAAACUUAAGACAUGAAUUUGCCAAUUUUCAGGGCUUUGUAUUAAUGUAUAUAAAUAGUUAAUAAAAAUUAGAAUUUUAAAAACUUAAA